AUGGCACCGCCUGUCCCCAUGGAGAAAGGACUCACUUUGCCCCAGGACUUUGUACACAGUCUGAAGAUCCGGGGCAAAUAUGCCUUGUUUCUGGCAUUUGUGCUCAUAGUUUUUGUCUUCAUUGAAAAGGAAAACAAAAUCAUAUCCAGGGUCUCGGACAAGCUGAAGCAGAUCCCUCAAUUUGUGGCGGAUGCCAACAGCACCGACCCAACCCUGCUUUUAUCAGAAAACGCAUCUCUCUUGUCCCUGAGCGAGUUGGAUUCUGACUUCUCCCAGCUGCAGAGGCGCCUGCACAAUCUCAGCCUGCAGCUGGGCGUGGAGCCAGCGAUGGAGGCCCAGGGGCAGGAGCCUGCGGCAGAGAAACCAUCCCACCAAGCUGCAGCAGGGCACCGGCGCCACGUGCUCCUCAUGGCCACCACCCGCACCGGCUCCUCAUUCGUGGGCGAGUUCUUCAACCAGCAGGGCAAUAUCUUCUACCUCUUCGAGCCACUGUGGCACAUCGAGCGCACCGUGUCCUUCCAGCCGGGAGGCGCCAGCGCGGCGGGCUCAGCACUCGUCUACCGCGAUGUCCUCAAGCAACUGUUGCUGUGCGACCUGUACGUGCUGGAGCCCUUCAUCAGCCCGCCUCCGGAGGACCACUUGACUCAGUUCCUCUUCCGCCGGGGAUCCAGCCGCUCGCUCUGCGAGGAUCCAGUGUGCACACCCUUCGUCAAGAAGGUCUUCGAGAAAUACCACUGCAGGAACCGUCGCUGCGGGCCACUCAAUGUGACCUUGGCGGCUGAAGCCUGCCGCAGUAAGGACCACAUGGCCCUCAAGGCUGUGCGCAUCCGUCAGCUGGAGUUCCUGCAGCCACUGGCAGAGGAUCCGAGGCUGGACCUGCGAGUCAUCCAGCUGGUGCGCGACCCCCGGGCCGUGCUGGCCUCACGCAUGGUGGCUUUCGCGGGCAAGUACGAGAGCUGGAAGAAGUGGCUGACAGAGGGGCAGGACCCGCUAAGCGAGGAUGAAGUGCAGCGGUUGCGGGGCAACUGUGAGAGCAUCCGCCUGUCAGCCGAGCUGGGUUUGCGGCAGCCAGCCUGGUUACGUGGGCGCUACAUGCUAGUGCGCUAUGAGGACGUCGCACGCAGGCCACUGCAAAAGGCCAGAGAGAUGUAUGGCUUCGCCGGCAUCCCCUUGACCCCGCAGGUGGAGGACUGGAUCCAGAAGAACACCCAAGCGGCCCGUGACAGCAGCGACGUCUACUCGACUCAGAAGAACUCCUCUGAGCAGUUUGAGAAGUGGCGCUUUAGCAUGCCCUUCAAGUUGGCGCAGGUGGUGCAGGCUGCCUGCGGCCCGGCCAUGCACCUCUUUGGCUACAAGUUGGCCAGGGAUGCCGCCUCGCUCACUAACCGCUCCAUCAGCCUGCUGGAGGAGCGGGGCACCUUCUGGGUCACGUAG